AUGGCGCCAGCGAUUUUAUCCAAGAUAUUUUCGACUGCGCUUCGGGCGAGAGCCUCCGAUGACAUCGGGGCCCUUGGCCCGAUUGCCGCUCGGUCAAUUCUUCUGGCACGAAACCCAAGCCAAGUCUAUGAAAAUGACCCGUCUGCCGGUAUAAUACCUCCCCAGAAAAUCAACAACAAUGCUGUCUUCGCUGUCUUCGGCCUUAUUGGCGCCGCAUUUGUCCUUGUCGGCAUCUGGUUCUUCUUUUGGGCAAAGAACGGAGGUUUCUACUUCAAAGACGACGACUGGGAGGAGUAUGUAUCAACUGUUCUUCGUCGCAAGGGCCCUAACGGCACUAUUUAUUCGAACGCCACGCCGAGCACGGUGCUCGAUGGAGGGAGUAUUUACAAGGAAGUUGACGACGGCGUUACGAUGACGGCCGACGAUAAUACCACGGUUAUCAGCGGCACGACAGGCAUUACAGGCAUUACGGGCGGCGUUUCGGAUAUUUCUGGGCGUGAGAGACGCCGCAAGAAGAAGGAGCAAAAGGAGCGUGAAAAGGAACGUCGCCGUGAGGAGAAGGCUCGCGAGAAGGAAAAGAGGUCGCGCCGCAGGGUCUCGGGUGGCGUGGUGGUUGAUCCCGAGGCUGAGGCAGAAGCUGAGGAGCAGCUGCGCAGGUAUCGCGACGAGAAGCCCGCUCGGGUCGGCGGCAUCAACACUGAAUCCGACGCUUCUACCUGGGACGCGUCAACGAACCCGACCUGGUCGACAGUCAGUGGCAGCCAUGCACGCGGUGAUAGUAUCUCGUCUAUCGGCGAUGGUGAGGGCAGCACUGUGACUUCGGAACUCAUUAGUAGCCGCCAGCGUUCGCCGGCCAAGACAGAAGGUAAUAGGGGCGGCCGUAUUCGCAAGGUUUACUCGACAGCCGACAAGACAGCGAUGCGUGAACACGAGCGCAUCCGUGCCGAAGCCCGCCGUCUGCAGGAGAAGGGCCGUCAGGAGGCUGCCGCUGCUGCCCUAUCGAACAUGUCGUCGAGCUCCAAGGAAAUCACCCCUCUCCGGCGCGACUUCAGCUUCGUCCGCGGAGCCGAGGACAGGAUGGCGCUGCGCCGAAUCGAUGAGGCCGUCCAUGAAGAAAGCGUCCCGACAGGCAGCAUGGUUAGCGGGUAUAUCACCGCUGGUGACAACUCGUCUGUAGCCGACGGCGGUGCUGCUGCGCGUCAAGCGUCACGGGCUCGCUCACGUUCGCGGCACAAGGCUUCUGAGUCCAAGGCUUCGGGCGGUUGGACCGAGAGCGAGGUUAGCGCGUCCUCCGCCGCCACCGAUGAUACCGGCACCAAGGUGUACCAGCACCCGCACCACGUUCCGACCCUGUCGGAGAUCAGUGGUACGUCGGUGAGCGACUUCGCAUAUGCGGAGGAGAAGAGAAAGAAGAGGGGUGGGGCCGGCGCGCGAAGGCACCAGUGA